AUGAAGGUUUUUUAAACGCUUUUUUUGGCAGUUCAAUGAAAAAUUAGCGUAUUUUCUGAUCUUUUCAUAUCGCUAGGGAACCUUUCAACCAAAAUCCGACUUUUCCUCGUUUCGAACACCCUCAUACAAACUAUACUGCGUGGUCAAGAUUUGAAUACAAGAAAACAGGAAAAUCAAAAGAUUUGAAAGUAAAACAGAAAAUGAGGAAUAGUUGGAAAAUAACACAGUGAUAUUGAUAAAAACCGGAAAAAAAUCCCAAUUAGGAAAUUACCUUAAUUAAAUUUUUUACCGCCAUUUUUCCUAUUUUGAACCCAUUAGAAAUAUGACUCAUCUAUGUAAGUUGAGUGAAAAUGACUCAAAACGGAGAAAAGGCUUUCAGAAAACUUUCAAGGAGCCGAAAUUCCAGUUAUUUACGGAAUGGUUUUCAAAAUGUAUUUUCUCCUGCAGAUAACCACCUCAAAAUUCUUCAGCUCCUUCUAACCUUCGCCGUACUUCUCUCGUGCUCGUCGAUCUCGAUGGCCGACGACGAUGAAACUUCAAAAGAAGUUUUCGUAAUUGACUUGUCCAACAUUGACCACGCAAACGGCGCUGAGAUGGUCGGCAACUACACUGAAGAAGACACCAAAAUCAUCCCCACCAACAUUGAUUUCGCUGCUUUGAAGUGAGUUUUGUUUUCACGAAUAACAACAAUAAAUACAACGAUUCAAAACAAUUUUCAUUUAAAAAUAGUGCAAGGAUCUUUUUAAAAUUACAGAGAAGUUUACGCCAAGGAGAACAAGGCCGAACGAUUCCUGGCUUCGAGGCUUUUCUUCGACGACAAAAAACGAAAACGAUAA